AAUAAGAGACAAUCAAAUUAUGGGAUAAUCAUUUCAUCCACAUCUCCUCUCUCUGUCUCUUAUAUUCCUUGUCAAUCUAGAGAGAGAAAGAGCUAGAGCAUAAUCCAACCAAGCUUUACAAUGAUUUCAAAAAUGGCGGCCGAUGGAUCCAACCCUUCUCUUGGCAAGAAGAAAAGAAGCCUCCCCGGAACUCCAGAUCCAGAAGCAGAGGUCAUAGCCUUGUCGCCCAAGACACUGAUGGCAACAAAGAGGUUCGUUUGUGAAAUAUGUGGAAAAGGGUUUCAAAGAGACCAAAACCUACAGCUGCAUAGGCGAGGACAUAACCUUCCAUGGAAGCUGAAGCAACGAAGCAACAAAGAGGCAAAGAAGAGAGUGUAUGUCUGCCCUGAAACAAGCUGCGUGCAUCACCAUCCAUCGAGAGCGCUAGGAGACCUGACGGGGAUAAAGAAGCACUUUUGUAGGAAGCAUGGAGAGAAGAAGUGGAAGUGCGAGAAAUGCUCAAAGAGUUACGCAGUGCAAUCGGAUUGGAAAGCACAUUCCAAAACUUGUGGCACUAGAGAAUACAAAUGUGACUGUGGUACUCUGUUUUCAAGGAGAGAUAGCUUCAUCAGUCAUAGGGCGUUUUGUGAUGCAUUGGCUGAAGAAGCUGCAAGAGUAAGCAAUGCCAUGGCGCAACAUUGGGUGAUGUACUGUGACCCUGUUUGCCAAAACCCAGCAGUGGGUGAUUAUUAUAGUCGCCAAUUACAGGAAGUGAAUCAAACCCAUAUGGGGACUAUGUCAGCCACAGCUUUGUUGCAAAAAGCUGCUGAAAUUGGGGCAAUUUCAAGCUCCGGCCACUCGGUGAUACUCGAAGAGGGGUUUGUGUUUAAUAAUGGGAGUGAGUUUUGUAAUUCUGGUACUACAAACCCAAUUGUUGUUAUUGGGAAUGAGAAUGAAAUGUACACUGCAAAACGGCGUUGUACUCAGAGUGAAGUAGAGUGUGGAGCAACAGGAGCAGCAGGGCUGACAAGGGAUUUUCUUGGAGUUGGUGCCCAAACUAUUUGCCACUCCUCACCAACAAUCAAGGGAUGGAUUUAGAUGCCAAAUUUCAUGU